UCCUGGCGCUGCGCGCUGAUUGGCCGGCGGCGGCGAGGCAAUAAUACUGUCAAACAUCCCGGUUAGGGCGCCGGGGGACGAUCGUGGCGGGCCAUGUUUUGCUACCCGGCGGGGCUGGUGGCCGCCUUCUCGGCGGUGCUGCUGGCGUCGCUGGCCCUGAGCCGGAGCGCCGCGCUGUCCUGCGUGCUGACGGGCGGCCUCUACUUGGCGCUGCGGCUCUUCAGCCUGGAGCCCGCCUCCCCGCAGCGAGCCCAGCUGGUCGUCCAGCCCCACGGCCGCCCCGCGCGCAUCGCCCACCGCGGAGGAGGCCACGACGCGCCCGAGAACACGUUGGCCGCCAUCAGGCAGAUACCAUCCAUACUAUUCCACUACCCGAUGCAGAUUGGGAGACAAAAUUUCCCUGAGGAUACCGUUGUUGAAAUUUGUUGAAAUUCGGAGCCCAGCUGAAUCCUGCACAGAUGUUUUGUUUGGGAAGGAGGCGACAAGAUUAGCACAGAAUCACAGAGAUGGCAGAAUCGAGAAGGACCGUUUCAGAAUUGAAAUCCUGGGCUCCUCUGGCAGGGUUACAGAAUCACUGCAGCGUU